UCGCGUACCACAGCAGCGUUCCGCUCAAGGAAGGCCCUAGUUUCGGUUUCGAACCGUCGUCGUCGGUCCUGCCCUGUGUGUGCAAAUGCAACAGCAGCAGCGGCUGCAUAAUAACGAACGCAGUCGUGUGUCGCUAGAGAGAUGCGCAAUUGUUACAAAAAUAAUAAUUAAAGUGUACUUUAUUUCAUUUGGCGCAUUGACUGAGUGACGUUUCCUCGACUAGCAUGUAGUGAAGAAAGUUCUAUGUUGCGACUGCCUGCAGCUCGAAGCUCUUAUCGGCUCUUUUGCACUGCGCGUAAUCUAGCUCAUCCAGUCGUCGAAGGUCGAUCAUCUCAACGGGCCUUACAGCUGUGACCUAGUUCAAGUUUAUACUCCUGUGCAUGUGGAAGAAAGAGCGAGAAAAGCCACCGCACCGUGUGUCGGUUCUCAACGCGUUUUGCGUGGUCUUUGAAUAGAAACUUAUCGAGAGUUCUUCUAUAGAGAAAUCAAGUUUCAAGUCCACGAAACGAAUAGCUGAUAGAUUCGCGUAAAAAGUGUUCAAUAACUAAUUGGUUUUGCUGCUGUUUGUUUUCGGUGCUGAUUAAACGUAAAUCAUUCUGCAUUGUGAGAAAAAAAACGAAGGGUUUAGUGUUAAACUCAAACCGGGAAAUGUAUUUUUAGAAUUCGUCGCCGUGACAGGCGGUGAGAAAUUUCCGUCGUUGAAAGACGCUGUUUUUUGCUAAACCGAGAGCACCGACCAAGUGAAAGUUCAAUAUCCUAAGUGGUUCGUCUGCAUUAAGUGUAUCAAGAUGACAGAAGCUUACGAGUUAAGUAGUACCAAUAGUAGCCCCGGCAGCAGCAACGGCAAUCAUAGGAACAAUCCGCUGUUGGAGGCUGAUGAGCUGGAGAAACAUCCUAAGAAAGUGGUAAACUUGCAUCUGCUAGAAGAGGGGACACUGAUGCAGAAACGUCCAAAUAGACUGGCUUUAGAACCAUUGAAGAUUCCCAUCGAGCCAAUCCGAUUCGAUCACAGUCCCAGCCUGGGUGGUGCCUCUACUGCAUCGUCACUAGCUGCGGCUAGACUGUUCAAACCGGUUACAAUUAGUUUCAAAGAUCUAUCGUAUUCAGUGCGAACCGGUAUUUUCCGAAAAGGCCGAGACAUUCUGAAGAAUAUCAAUGGAGAGUUUCAAGCUGGUGAACUCACCGCUAUUAUGGGACCUUCGGGAGCAGGAAAGAGCACUUUGCUUGACAUUCUGGCCGGCUAUACCGAAAGCGAAUUCACCGGAGAGAUUCUGGUCAACCGACAGCAGCGAGACCUGAAACGGUUCCGGCGGCAGUCCGCUUACAUCAUGCAGGAUCACAAUUUGCAGCCGCACCUGACCGUGCUGGAGGCGAUGCACUUUUCGGCCAAUCUCAAAAUCGGUGCCGAACUAAGCCCGGCUAGCAAAAAGAUUAGGAUGAAUGAGAUCCUUUGCGCCAUUGGACUGCAAGACCAUAAGAAAACUCGCACGGCAAAGCUUUCGGGUGGACAGAAGAAACGACUAGCGAUUGCACUGGAAAUUGUCAACAAUCCACCGGUCAUGUUCUUCGAUGAACCAACCAGCGGUUUGGACAUUUCCACCUCCAAAAAGUGCGUCGAAUUGCUGAAACAUUUAGCCCGGGAAGGUCGUACCAUCAUCUGCACCAUUCAUCAACCGUCAGCCCUGCUGCUGAAUAUGUUUGAUCAUUUAUUCACCAUGGCCGAGGGAGAGUGCAUCUUCACCGGAUCAACCGGAAACAUUGUGCCAUUCUUGAAGGAGUUGGACAUCAUCUGUCCAGAGCAUUACAGUCCAUCCGAUUUCUUACUUGAAAUUGCCACCCACGAUUACGGGCGGCAAAACGACAAACUAGUCGCCAGGACAGAAAACGGCAAAAGCGUAGCGUACCGGAAUCGUGAAUAUUUCACACCCUUUCUGAUGCCGAUCCUGGAAUCACCGAUUUCGGUGGAUCUUCCUUCGCUGCCGCCGAAGGAGGACACCCAUUCGCCGCUUGCCAAGCCAAAGAAACUAGCGAAAAAGCUGUCGUUUAAUCCGGAAAAGUGGUGCGGUCGGGAUGAAAUCUACACGACCAGCUUCUGUCGGCAGUUUUACCUGUUGCUCCUGAGGACGUUUCUCAUUCUGAGCCGCGACCGAUCGCUGAUGACGAUGCGGUUCAUCAUUCACUGUGCGAUCGCUCCACUGAUCGGAAUGCUGUACUUCGGAAUCGGAAACCAGGCGACGCACAUCUUCAACAACUUCAACUACGUUUUCUUCUCGAUCAUGUUUCUGAUGUUUACCGCGUUCAGCUCGAUGACCAUGGCAUUCCCGCUGGAACUGCCGAUCAUUACCCGGGAGCACUUCAACCGCUGGUAUUCGCUGCGGGCUUACUACAUAGCGAUGACAGUGGCCGACAUACCGAUACAGCUGCUGUGUACGGUAACCUACAUCGUCGUUACCUACUACAUGACCGGCCAACCACCGGAAGCCUUCCGGAUGGGUCUAUUCACCGUCAUCUGUCUGAUGGUGGCUUGGGUUGCCCAGGGACUCGGUCUUCUAGUAGCAUCGCUCUUCAACGUUAAGAACGGCGCCAUCUUCGGACCUUUCUUCAUCUGUCCUUUCUUGAUUUUCUCCGGAUUCUUCAUUCACCUGGACGACGCACAUCCGAUCAUGCACUGGCUGUUCCACGUAUCGUUCCUGAAGUACGCCCUGCAGGGAGCGACGGUUGCCAUCUUCGGCUACGAUCGGGACCGGCUGGAGUGCAACGACGAGGAAAUCUACUGCCAUUUUGUGCUGCCAAAGAAAUUUCUGAAGGAAAUCGACAUGCUCAGUGCGGACUUCGUCGAGGCUGUGAUUGCGUUGGUUGUGAUAUUUUUGGUCUUUCGAGUCAGUGCUUUCUACGUGAUGCGGUAUCGGUUGAAGAACAAAGUGUGAAGCUAGUUCAGGAGUCAGGAGCUAUCUUUGGCUAGGUUUAAGUAGUUUUUUUUUCAAAGAAACGCGAGUAGUUGUUAACUUUUUUUUGUAAGGGGUUUCUUUCCAAAAACGUUCGAUCAAAUGUGAAGCUUACAUUCCUUCCCCGAGAUAUCUAAGCUUCGAGGUAGUCGAAGCAAAAUAUUAGCUAGGAUGAAAAAAAUCGAUUACAAUAGGUCAGACGCAGCGAGGUAGCCAAAACUGAUUAAAUGUGAUUAAAAUAUGGUAUAAUUAUAAUAAAAUAAUAGAAAUCCGAAUAAAACUAU